AUUGUCAUUAUUGGAAAAUCGAAGUGGCGUCUGGCAACAUUAACCAAUUUCAUUUCCGGUAUUUGCCAGGCAAGCGUGCACGUGUCAGAGCCGCAACUUUUAAGCAAAAUUUAAGAAUUAAAUGAGUUAUUUUUUAUUAUAAUAGUGAGAAAACAAGUCAAGAAGCAUUAUUUAUAAAUUUAAUACUAAUUUGAAGCGUAUUUUAAGGAGAUGGUUGGGUCGCGCGUAUAUGUUGGCGGUCUGCCAUUUGGAGUCAGGGAGAGGGAUUUGGAGAAGUUCUUCAAAGGUUUCGGCAGAAUCAGAGAUAUUCUUAUCAAAAAUGGAUAUGGGUUUGUGGAAUUUGAAGAUUACAGAGAUGCAGAUGACGCUGUGUAUGAGUUAAAUGGAAAAGAUUUACUCGGAGAAAGGGUGGUGGUGGAGCCGGCGCGGGGCAUCGACCGCAGCGCGGACCGCUACCGGCGCGACCGCUACUACGAGCGCGACCGCGGCCGGUCGCGAUACGAUGACUACAAUUAUAGAUACGGACCGCCAACGCGCACCGAGUACCGGCUGAUAGUAGAGAAUCUGUCUAGCCGCAUUAGCUGGCAGGACUUGAAAGACUAUAUGCGUCAGGCUGGCGAAGUUACCUACGCAGAUGCACACAAGCAACACAGGAAUGAAGGCGUGGUGGAGUUCGCGACUCACUCGGACAUGCGCGCGGCGAUCGAGAAGCUGGACGGCACGGAGCUGAACGGGCGCCGCAUCCGCCUGGUGGAGGACCGCCGCUCCUCGCGCCGCCGCACGCGCUCCUCCUCCAGCCGCUCCCGCUCGCGCUCGCGCGACCGCCGCCGCGCCUCGCGCUCCAGGUCAAAAUCUCGUCCGAAGAGCAAGAGUCCCGCUCCGAAGUCCCGCUCCAGAUCUCGCUCCAAGUGUGUUAUAACUUGCGCUGAGCAAAAUUUAAAAAUGGAUCGCAGUCGUUCCAAGUCGCGCUCCCGAUCGGCGUCCCGUAGAUCCGACCGUCGUUCGGAGUCCAGGCGGUCGCCAUCCAGGAAAUCCAACGACAGAAAUGGUCACCAUUCCGCAUCCAGGUCUAAAUCCCGCUCGCCAAAAGCAGACUCCAAGGAAAGGUCGCGUUCGCGCAGCAAGGAGGCUUCUCCCAAGCGUGAAGAGGAACGUCGCGCGACCAAGUCCCGUUCGCGUUCGCGGUCACGUUCGCACUCGGGCUCGCGCGACCGCUCCGUGUCGCGGGACCGCUCUGUGUCGCGCUCGCGGUCACGCUCGCCGCGCCAGAACGGCGACGCGCAAGACAGAACCAGCACCGACCGCUCCCCGCGCAGCGGCGACUAGUACCACUACUGUAACGUUAACUUACUGUCUAGGAUUUAUUGAUAGUUUGUACGAUCUCGUGACUCGGAUGACGCGUGUUUUACUUUAGACUGUUGCUAACAUAGCGUUAACAAAAUAUAUUUUUGCAAGGUGCGUGGUUUAGUUUAGCCGUAAUUUAAGAAAGCAUAAUAGAUAUAGCGUUUCAUUUUGUAUGUCGAGUGAUUGUUCAUUAUUCCGUCUUAAUUUAAUAUUAAAAAAAUGUUUUAAUUGCUUAUUGUAAUGAAUAACUGAUAUCAUUUUCAAUGUUGGUGCACGUCAUUGUGUAUAUUAGAUUUUUCAUCGUCGUAAAUCACAAAUAUUGUGAUUACGUUCGGCAUUUUUUCAUCUUCUAAUUUAAGACUUACUGAUAAUUUAUUUUGGAUGACGCUAAGAAAUUCCUAUUUUUAUAUAUUUUGUGAAAAACGCGGCCAGUCACGAUUGUAAUAUAAGAUUUUUAACGCGCACCGUAUUUGCGAUUUUUGUCAUGUCAAUCGAUAAUUAUAAUUGUCUUUGACGAUCGUCAUUGAAUAGAUGGAUAUAGUUAUUUACUAGUUCAGAGUAGAAUGUUCUAAAAAUAAUGAUGGACUGUACUUUUGUCUGAGUUUUUCAAGAAUAUUUUGUAAAUUUUAAGACAUUGGUCUUUGUUACAUAUUUACAAUUAAAUACUUCAACGGAUUCUAUGUACUUUUUACCUGAUGUUUACAGGUAAUAGAAAAUAAUGACACAACUUUAGGGCAAAUAUGGUAUUUUGUAAAUAGUGAAUUUAUUAACCAAAUAAAUUAGUUAAGAUUU